GUUCCCUUCGUCCCCUUCUCUCUCUGUCUGAAAUGAUCAAACUCAUCUGACGAUCGAUCGAUCAUUUGGAAGAAACCAUGGCGGAAGAGAAAAGCGGGAAGAAGCAAGUGAUGGUGGCGAUCGACGAAAGCGAUUGCAGCAAGCACGCUCUCCGAUGGACGCUCUCGUAUCUCAAAGACAGCCUCGCCGAUUCCGAUAUCAUCCUCUUCACCGCGCAGCCUCAGCUCGAUCUCAGCUCCGUCUACGCUUCCUCUUAUGGCGCCGCUCCGAUAGAGCUGAUAAACUCAAUGCAACAGAACUACAAAAACGCAGCGUUGAAUCGGAUUGAGGAAGGGACCAAGAUUUGUGCUGAGAGCGGGGUUACCCCAAAGAAGGUGAUGGAGUUUGGAAACCCUAAAGAAGCGAUAUGUGAUGCUGUUGAGAAGCUUGGUGUUGAUUUGCUAAUCGUUGGUAGCCAUGGCAAAGGGGCACUUGAAAGGACCUUCCUUGGAAGUGUUAGCAAUUACUGUGUCAACAAGGCUAAGUGCCCAGUUCUUGUGGUGAGGACAAAGGCUUGAAGAGUUUGAGAACCGCCUUGCUUGCUGUAUGUGUGUUGUGUAAACAUAUUGAUAAUAAUGCUUUGCUUGUAUACUACUGUUUUGAAAAAAACUUUGUGAAUGGAAAUAAAUAUAUUAUUGGUUUGAUAAAUAACGAGCUUUGCUGUGCU